AUGACUACAUCUGUCUGUGCCGCAGCCUGCAUGGGGUGCGGAGCGGCUGACUCUCUGUUUCAAUGUCCCUUGUGUCAGGCAGAGGCGUACACUGUGCAGGGUUUCUUUUGCUCACAAGCGUGCUUUGCGAAGAACUGGCUCCAGCACCGGAACGACUUUCAUAAACGAGGUGUUGUACGGGAGUCGAAGGGCACUGUAGCUAUGUGCGGAAGCAGCAACGAUAGUAGCAGAAUGUCGAAUAAGGGGAAAAAAUCCUCGAAGCGCUCACGGAACACCAGUACGGGUGGUGAAGAGAUUGAAGUUAUCACCGACACUGUCCCCCCAGGAUGUGGCCCGCCCAUGUUUCCACCAUGGACUCCGCUUCCCAACGCUCACAAGUACCUGGAACAACGGGGCGUGGAACCGGACCUUGGCUUCGACUGCCCACGUGCCAUCGUAGGUGCGUGCGUUGAUGAUGUUCGGAGGAGCUUCUGGCCUUCCUUAGUUGCCGCCGCCCACUAUGUUGCGGCCAGUGUCCGACACGACAGCACCUUGAUGGUCCUUGUGGUCGCAGGGUGCCCUUACAGCGCCCAUGCCUUUGCGUGGGCGGCGCGAUGUGCAGGGAUGGGGGGCGCUCUGAAAAUGGCUCUAACGCUUCAUGGUCUCCCGGAGGUGCCUUCGCAGUACUUUACUCCGCAAAAACACGUGGUGGUGGCAACAGAAGCAGUUGUGGGCCAUGCUGGUAGCGGUGCAGCGUCGCUCUGGAUGGAGAGGUCAGCAUCCCUGUUGGUGACGCUUCCCGACGUCGAGACGGCUGGUGACCUACAAGGUGUGAACACACGGGGCAUAUUUUUUGUUUCUAAACGCGCGUGCAAAGACGCUGCAAUCCACGGGGUUGCUGCACAGGAAGGUGUUUAUAGAAAAAAGAGGGGCAAGAAACAGAAGCUUGAAGAUAAUAAAGUAUUGGUAAGACUAGAGGCUGCAUGCCCUGGAAGUAUCGCUGACGAGGAGCCCACACACGAAGUAGCGGCCGCCGUGCAAGACAUGUGCUGUGACGAGGAGAAUGGCCCACUCUUAUGGCAGCCGGAAUUAACGGAAAAAAAUUCCGAGUGCGUGGGGAAUAUGAACAAGGACUCAAUAACCAGCAUGAACGGUGGAUCUAUUGCACCUAACAAGAUGUUAUCCAACCAUCAUGUGCCUCAUUGCAUCCGUCACCUGACGGAUCGUAUGGAUAAUGAUGUGUCCAGUGCUUUGGCGAAUGGUGACAUCGAAGCUGCGAUGCAGCACCUUGUUCGUGUGUUUAGUACUACUCCAGGAUACUUUGAAGAAAUUCUCUUCAACUCCCUGAGAUGUGACUGGGGUGCUGUGGACGUGGUGCAUGCACAUCACCGCCUUGCCUAUAUAAUGCGUUAUCUUGUUGAUCAGAGUAGCAACUUUUCAUCUCCCAAGGGUGCAACUAUGGCGGACAUGGUAUUUCGUGCAAUGGUGCCACUUGUUCGCAUGAUUCCAAGUUUGCACGGCUAUAAGGACGUCUCUGGGGGUGGUGUAGCAACAGUAAGGUUGCUUGAGAAAAAGAAGCAUAAAGGGGAGUCUGAGGAGGAAGUCAAUAAGGUGUUGUCUUGUCCGUCUGAUCCCAUGACCCUUCCAUCCUCUGCUCAAGAACGUGAAAAGUACUUCAAUUUCUAUAGUUCAUUGCCAAAUCUCCAGCUGCAGGCAACGAUUACAUACCUUUCUGGUUGUGAAGCCUCUCCAGCAACUCUAGAUGCCCUUGCCAAGGCUUGGGGUGUCACACACUAUAUCAAGGCGGGUGGCUUAGUGCUACCGAACAGCUGUAGGAAAAAUAUUAUCCAUCGUCUGCGUAGCCGCUAUAAAUCGCGUCUCGGUUCGAAUUACGCUGAAUUUCUAGUGACUCUCAUGCAUAUUAUAUACGAUGCUGUCGCGAUCUACUCCCUGCCACUGGAGGAAGUAGCGUGCCGCCUGCAAUGGGACCUUACACUUGCAACCGAUGUGGGAUCAUUGGGUUUAUUUUUGGAGCUUUGUGGGUUGCAAACUCCAGCAUCCAACAAUGAGACUAAAAAUGCAGGGGGCGCGAAAAGCCUGUCCAACGACAAGAAUAAGGAGAAAUCCAUAAUCAACCUAUCGAGCCGUCAAGUUAGGCCACUCUCACGGACUGAGCUACUGCGCAGUCAUGAGGUCAAGGCUGCAGUGACAGAAUCCAAGGGAAGUAAGUCUAAGGAUGUUGUGCAUCCCUCCUCGUGCUACAUACCAUUGCCGUGGUUACCAUUUCCCAUGUCAGGAAAGCGGCAGCAAGAUGUUUCGCGUCUGCAGAAGGCCGCUCUUGACGAGAUUCUUAUGGCGAUGCCUCGAGAACCGCGUCCAAUGUACAUCGGCGAUCUCGGUAACCUCAUCGGUAAGUGGAACGGAUUCAACAGUCGAUUCGGAGGUGUCCUCGGGUCAACGCUGUCGGAAUUUCUACUUAAACAUCCCAACGAAUUUAGGGUAGUCGGGGGGUUAGUUUCGCGCGUUAAAAAUGGUCGUAAUGAGCCUGUGCGCAUUCGUUUCGACAAUGAUGCAGAGAAUCUAGAGGACCACAGCGAUAGCGACGACGAUAAGGCAUCUCGAGUUCGCAAGGCACAGGAUCACGCACUGCUAACAGGGAUCAGCAAAAAAGUUCAUCAAAAACAAAAGAAGGCGGCCCAGUUAGAGAAGGAUCUUCCUGCGCAUGCACGCAAAAAACGAGCCAUCAAGGAAUUUAACAAGCAACGGUUUAAUAAGAACUAUAAACCUUUUGAUCCGUCCGCACGUGUACCGGGGUAUGUGAAACAUGGACCGCGAAAAAUCAAAGGAAGAGGUAAGAAGGUCAACAUGCAUGCCUUUAAGCGGAACUAA